AUGUCAUUCACCACCGAAACCGUCACAGAGAUCACCACCACGGCGGUCGUGAUCUCUCCAACAGUCAUUAGCGACAUUACCACCACCGUAACUUGUCACAUAUCCACAACUCUGUUUGCCACCUUUGGUCAAACUGUCACAAUUCCUUCACCUGCUUCACCUUCCACAACCACAGUCACCGCACCCACGACAAAGUACACGCCAAUCCCGACCAUAACCACGCAGACAUCAACAGUCACCUUGACUGAGCUAGACAUCUACCUCCAAGAUGACGGGGGAAACAUCUAUUCAACAUGGAUCAUUCCCAUCUCCGGUUUUCCUCUACCAAAUUCAACCCACACCGGAGACCCGGGUCAGUUAAUCUACGUGGUUGACCCUCAUGAUGGCGGUGGUUGGGAUCACUGGAGUACGGGUGCAAAAGCGGGGAUGAUUGUUGGCGUGGUCCUCGGGGCCAUUGUCAUUCUUGCCAUGACCUUUUGGUGUGUCCGAAAGAGGGUGAAUGGGAAGUGGUGGUUCGCCCAUGCGUGGCCACACUCGGGAGCAGCGCCGCCGGUGGUGGAUAUAGGGGGUCCAACAUUGGUACAUGGAAGCAUCGUGAACGGACACAGCGUGCCAUAUCAAUAUGGCUAUGGCUAUGGGUACGGUGUUGGGUUGAGGGGUGGUGGUGGCGACAGAAGUUCGAGACCGAGAUGGGCAAGGAAGUGGUUGCAGGGAUAA